CACGUGCUUCUCAAAGAAAAAGAGGUCCCGGAGUAUUUUUUUUUCUCUCACAGGCAUUUCAACAAACACUUUAGAGACGGACAUUUCAUGGAUCAACAGCAGCUGUUCAAUACUUGGGAGUAAAACAAUGGCGACCUGUGCUGUCAAGGGAGGAUGCCCGAGUGACUACAUAGCCACCUCCAUUGCUACCGCUUCCAUACUAAUUCUACUUGGAAGGUCGUUGUCUCCGUAUCUGAUUCACAAAAUCCCUAGGCCUGGAGGAAGUAGCUUUUGGCUUGUGGCAAUUCAAGUUCUUGCAAGUUUCAACCUUUUGCUGUCAAUUGUGAUGUCUCUCCAUUUCCUAAAAUUCGGAAAGAGGCGAUGGUGGACAUCGUGCUAUCUUUGGGCAGAAUGAUGAUUUGGUCAAAAUUGCAUUCCAGUCUGGGUAGAGGGGCCGCUUGGUUUUGGGUUGCUGUUGAGCUGCCGCAUUGCACAGGCAUUUCACCUAUAUUUUGUCUUUGUGAAGAGACGUCUGCCACCCAUUCGAUCCUAUAUAUUCCUCUCAUUGAUUCUCUUGCCAUGGAUUGCUGGUGGCCUCUUUCUUUACAAAGAAAAGCCUUUGAACAACCAUUGCCACAUGGGGAUUCGAUGGAUCAUACCAGUAAUUUCCCUUCACGUGUUAUAUGUUGCCACUUUGAUGGGUUUUACAGGAGCUGUUCGUCACAUAGAGUUUAGAUUCGAAGAGCUGAAGGCCCUUUGGAGGGGAAUUCUUGUUUCCACUGCUGCCAUUGGAAUUUGGGUAGUUUCCUACAUUCUGAAUGAGAUUUAUGAAGAAAUAACUUGGUUAGAAGUUGCCUCUAGAUUUGUAUUAUUAAUUAUGACUAGUGUGCUUGUGCUGUUGUUUUUCUCCUUUUCAAUUUCUCAACCACUCAUCUCGCUUAUGAGCUUGACAAAGAAGGACCAAAAGGAGCACCAGACAAUGGGUCAGGCACUGGGUAUACCAGAUAGUGGGCUUCUAUUUCAAAAUGAGUCAUCAUGGGAUUUCAACCCUAACGAGCCUUUGGAUAAGCUUCUAAUAAACAAAACAUUUCGUCAGUCCUUCAUGGCGUUUGCAGACAGUUGUUUUGCUGGGGAAAGUGUCCAUUUUUAUGAAGAACUUCAACAGCUUGAUAAAAUACCUAUCAAUGAUCCCGUCGGAAGAAUAUACAUGGCACGCCACAUUAUUGAGAAGUACAUCGUUGCAGGUGCACCGAUGGAGGUGAACAUAUCACACCAUUGCCGGCAGGGUAUUUUGACUACUACCAACCUAGCUCAUCCACAACUCUUUCAAAAUGCUCUGGGUGAACUUAUGCAUUUGAUGAAACUGAAUUUAGCAAGGGACUACUGGUCAUCGCCAUUUUUCAUGAAGCUGAGAGACGAGGCGAGCAUGAGAACCGCUCAUCAUGAUCUUGAAGAUAGUGGCUGGAGUUUCUCUCCGAGGCUGAGCUCUGUUCACUGCGCAGACAACCCUUUUCACCAUGAACACAGCCCCACGGGCUCGGCUGGUAAACACCGUGAUUUAGGGCUGCGACAAGAAGAUAUAAGCCUAGUGUUCCACUUAAAUGCUAAUAACUCAAGCAUUUCUGAGAUCACAAGCUAACAUUUGUUUUUUUGAUCUUCUGACCUUCCUCACUUCACAGUUGGUAUGAACUGGCUAGGUGUUUAUAUACAGUGUAUAUUACUCCCAAACUAUUCAUUACAAUCAAUUAUUUUGUAAAGAAAAUACAGUACACUCUUGCCAUAAAGAUCUAUUUCACAUAUAAAGAAAAUUUGUUGUGUUUC